UAUUUACUCCACCCUUGAUUGCGACAGUUGACAAGAGCACACGUCGUCGGUAUUAUGAAUUAUAUGUGAUAAAUUAUCGGAGACAAUUAGCGUUUCACUAACUUCCGCCCUUCAAUGUGAAUAUCGGCAAUGCAUUGUGGGAAAGUAAUUUCACUGGUGGCCAUACAUACCGUGCAAUAAUCUUCCAUUUACAAAAUAUAACCAAUAGUAAUGUCCACUCUCACUUGUGAAAAGUAAUCCUGUGUGCCCUGUUUUUCAUGGUUCACCGAUUUGCACAAGAAUAUUCAGCACAAUGCUCUGGCAUCUUCUUCUCUCUGCUUCUUUCUGAGGAGUAGACGACCGGUUCAAGAUGGCGGCAUGAACGGUCGUCAAGAAGCAGAUCCCCUUCAGCAGAGAGGGGGCUCCUCUUUGAAGCAAGAUGAGCCACAGGUCCCCCAUGUUAAGGAGGAAGAAGAGGAAGUGUGGAUCAGUCAGGAGGAUGAGUGUCUUCUAGGGCAGGAGGAGGCUGAUCUUACCAAGUUUCCACUGACUGGUGUCUCUGUGAAGACUGAAGACCAUAAAGACAAACCACCUGGGUCCUCACAGCUUCAUCACAGUCCUAAGGUCUGUGAAAAAGAUCUUCUCCCUGAGCAACAGGAGUGGAUCUUUAGGAUGGAGCAGGAGGAGCCCCAGCCCUCCCACUUUAAAGAGGAAGACGAAGCGUCACAGACUCCUCCUGUUAAAAAGGAAGAGGAGGACCCACUGACCCCCCACCUUAAAGAGGAAGAGGGAGAACACAGAAUCAGUCAGGAGGGAGAGCAUCUUGAAUGGUUGGAGGAGUUCCCAGUGACUGGUGUGAUUGUAAAGAGUGAAGAUGAUGAGGUCAAAGAUGAAAGUGAGGAAAAGAGAGUGGUGGAGCCUCCAAGCAGCAGCUCAACUCAACACAUGACAACAGAAGCGGAUGGAGACCACUGUGGAGGAUCACAAGCAGACAAGCUCUUAGCUCCAUUAUCAGAUAGUAAGGACACAACGUCACACUCUCCUGACACUGAGGAUGAAGACUCUAAAGCUGAUAAGACAUGUCACACUGACAACACACGUUUGAAAUGUUCUUACUGUGACAAAACUUACAAAUACCAUUGUCGUCUGAAAGUACACACAAGAAUACACACCGGAGAAAAACCAUUCUCCUGCUCAGAAUGUGGUAAAGGCUUUAUAACCGGUCAAUAUUUAAAAGUACACAUGAAAAUACACAUUGGAGAAAAACCUUUCUCUUGUUCAGUCUGUAGUAAAGGUUUUACACAAAGGCAUGGUUUGAAAAGCCACACAAGAAUACACACUGGAGAAAAGCCUUUUUCCUGUACAAUCUGCGGUAAAGAUUUUGUACAAAAUCAGCAUUUAAAAGUACACAUGAGAAUACACACUGGUGAAAAACCAUAUUCCUGUCCAAGCUGCACCAAAAGUUUUUGUGAUCAAUCAAGACUUGUAGUACACAUGAGAACACAUACUGGUAAGAUGGUGUACAGUUGCAGUGUGUGCGAUGAAAGAUUCUCUUAUAAGUACGAGUGUAAGAAACACAAGUGUGCUGGUGAGAACAGCAGCAGCAAAUGAAGCUGCAGGAUUUGAAAUCAACUGUCAACUUUGACUCUUUUAUUCAGUCAAGCACAUGCAUUAAUGUUGAACAUUGUGUACAUUUAUUUAAAAAUAAACAGAACAAUGUGAAAAGGUGAGCGUAAACAGCACAAAAUAUAUGUGACAUACAAUUAACAUUAUAUAUAUAUAUAUGU